GGCUGUGCUGAUGGGGCGUGGAAAUGAAUGAGCCGGCCCAGCCCCCCAGCGGACAAGGAUGGAGAGCCCUACCCGGGAGGGUAAGAAGCGAUGCCCACGCAUCCCCACGUAGAAUGACUGUCCUGGGAGGUUGGUUCCCCAGGCCCUGGCAGGGCUGCUGACCCUCAGCCUGCGAACUGCUCAGAGUGCAAGGACCCCAGACUCUCCUUGUGGAUGGUUCCCUAGCCUGCAGCUCCAUCAUGAGGCUCCUCGUGGCCCCCCUCUUGCUGGCCUGGGUGGCUGGCGCCACCGCCGCCGUGCCCGUGGUACCCUGGCGCGUGCCCUGCCCCCCUCAGUGCGCCUGCCAGAUCCGGCCCUGGUAUACGCCCCGAUCAUCCUACCGUGAGGCCACCACCGUGGACUGCAACGACCUGUUCCUGACAGCCGUGCCCCCCGGGCUGCCCGCGGGCACACAGACCUUGCUGCUGCAAAGCAACGGCAUCGUCCGCGUGGCCCAGAGUGAGCUCAACUACCUGGCCAACCUCACGGAGCUGGACCUGUCCCAGAACAGCUUUUCGGACGCUCGGGACUGCGACUUCCGGGCCCUGCCCCAGCUGCUGAGCCUGCACCUGGAGGAGAACCAGCUGACCCGGCUGGAGGACCACAGCUUCGCAGGGCUGGCCAGCCUGCAGGAGCUCUAUCUCAACCACAACCAGCUCUACCGCAUCGCCCCCGGGGCCUUCGCCGGCCUCGGCAACCUGCUGCGGCUGCACCUCAACUCCAACCUGCUGCGGGCCAUCGACAGCCGCUGGUUCGAGAUGCUGCCCAGCCUAGAGAUCCUCAUGAUCGGUGGCAACAGGGUGGAUGCCAUCCUGGACAUGAACUUCCGGCCGCUGGCCAAUUUGCGCAGCCUGGUGCUGGCCGGCAUGAACCUUCGGGAGAUCUCUGCCUACGCCCUGGAGGGCUUGCAAAGCCUGGAGAGCCUCUCCUUCUAUGACAACCAGCUGGCCCGUGUGCCCAGGCGCGCCCUGGAGCAGGUGCCCGGGCUCAAGUUCCUGGACCUGAACAAGAACCCGCUCCAGCGGGUGGGGCCCGGGGACUUCGCCAACAUGCUGCACCUCAAGGAGCUGGGGCUGAACAACAUGGAGGAGCUGGUUUCCAUCGACAAGUUCGCCCUGGUCAACCUCCCCGAGCUGACCAAGCUGGACGUCACCAACAACCCCCGGCUGUCCUUCAUCCACCCCCGCGCCUUCCACCACCUGCCCCAGAUGGAGACCCUCAUGCUCAACAACAACGCUCUCAGUGCCUUGCACCAGCAGACGGUGGAGUCCCUGCCCAACCUGCAGGAGGUGGGUCUCCAUGGCAACCCCAUCCGCUGCGAUUGCGUCAUCCGCUGGGCCAACGCCACGGGCACCCGUGUCCGCUUCAUCGAGCCACAGUCCACCCUGUGUGCUGAGCCGCCGGACCUGCAGCGCCGCCCCGUCCGCGAGGUGCCCUUCCGGGAGAUGACGGACCACUGCCUGCCCCUCAUCUCCCCCCGCAGCUUCCCCCCCAGCGUCCAGGUGGCCAGCGGAGAGAGCCUGGUGCUGCACUGCCGGGCGCUGGCCGAGCCGGAACCCGAGAUCUACUGGGUCACCCCGGCCGGGGUUCGACUAACGGCCGCCCGUGCUGGCAGGAAGUACCGGGUGUACCCCGAGGGGACCCUCGAGCUGCGGAGGGUGACGGCCGAAGAGGCGGGGCUAUACACCUGUGUGGCCCAGAACCUGGUGGGGGCUGACAGUAAGACGGUUAGUGUGGUGGUUGGCCGGGCCCCCCUGCAGCCAGGCCGGCGCAAGGGAUGGGGGCUGGAGCUCCGGGUGCAGGAGACCCACCCGUAUCAUAUCCUACUGUCUUGGGUCCCCCCACCCAACACAGUCUCUACCAACCUCACCUGGUCCAGAGCCUCCUCCCUCCGGGGCCAGGGUGCCCCUGCUCUGGCCCGCCUGCCAAGGGGCACCCACAGCUACAACAUCACCCGCCUCCUUCAGGCCACGGAGUACUGGGCCUGCCUGCAAGUGGCCUUUGCUGAUGCCCACACCCAGUUGGCAUGCGUAUGGACCAGGACUAAGGAGGCCGCUCCUUGCCACGGAGCCUUAGGGGACCGGCCCGGGCUCAUAGCCAUGCUGGCUCUUGCUGUCCUCUUGCUGGCAGCUGGGCUAGCCACCCACCUUGGCACUGGUCAGCCCAGGCAGGGGGUGGGUGGGCGGCCUCUCCUUCCGGCCUGGGCUUUCUGGGGCUGGAGUGCCCCCUCGGUCCGAGUGGUGUCCGCGCCCCUCGUCCUGCCUUGGAAUCCGGGAAGGAAGCUGUCCAGGUCUUCAGAAGGGGAAACACUGUCUCCACCAUUGCUGCAAAAUUCCUGAAGCUCAGCCUCCUCUCUGCAGUAGACAAAUAACUAGGACUCCUUUUUACCGCAAGAGAAGCAGUCUGGGCCAGAUGCCCUGCCGGGGAAGCGACACGGACCCUCUUACUUGAGGCCUGGCAGCCGGACCAAGACAGACGGGGCUUUGUAGCUCCAGGGGCUGCUCCCACCGCCUCCAAAAAGUCGCCGUUACCUUCUGGGGGCCUGUCUGCUGACAUUCUGACGAGCAUCUCCGAGGAACAGGAAGGACUCUGGCUGGAGCCUCCCCUCUCCCUAGUUGUCUGUGCGCCCAGAGCCUCCUGGGCCUCUGCUUGGAUGUCCCCUGCCUGUGUUCCCAGGCCCUUGGCCCACAGGACGCGCCCCCUCCUCUUCUCUUUCUUUGUACAGUCUCAGUUGCUUGCUCUUUCCUCCUGGGCAAGGGCUGAGGGAGGCCUCUCCUCCCGCCUUGGGUCCCACGGUGGGUCCCCAGCCAGAUCUGAAAGACGUUUGGGGAGAGGGAUGCCCAGGGAUGCCUCAUCUUGGCAAGCCCGGGUGGGCACUGUGAGGUUGACUUUCUAUAGGCAAUUUUGUACCUUUGUGGAGAAAUGUGUCACCUCCCCCCAGCCGACUUCACUCUUUUCUCCUGUUUUGUAAAAAAUAAAAAUAAACAAGAAUAACAAUAAUAAGGGGGGAAAGGAAA